GGAGAUCCUGGUCACGCUCGGUGUUGUCUGAUAUUUCAUAACUUAAAGAGUACAAUGUCAACAAAAAGGAGAACACCAGAGAUUUCCUUCCGGCAACGAGGAUGCGAAAUAUUUCUGAUAAACACCCUCAUUUUCUUGGAACUAUCAAAUUUUGUCCUCGCUUGGCAAUCCUGGCCAGCCUGUCCUAGUGCUAAAAUGAUAAGGGUCAAAGUCGACUACCAGAGUAGUCGGUGCUGUCACGACAUCACUUGUCGAGCAGGCUUUGAGCCAAAGGUUUGCACGAAGGAUGACCCUAACCCUUCGUGCGCGAAGUGCAGCGAUGGGACCUAUCAGCCCAAGCCGAGCAUGUUGAGUCAUCCACAAUGGAACAAAUGCAGGCGAAAGACCAACUGCGAAGUUAGGGGAAUGAAAUAUCGAAGUUUUGGCAAUACCAGCGUCAAUUCCAUUUGUGAAUGUACUUCUGGGUACUUCUGUGAUAAUGAUAUGUGUCUACCAAAAGGUAGAUGUCCUGUGGGAUAUGGACGCGAUGCAAAAACAGACGACUGCUUGCCAUGUGCGCUCGGGAAGACUUAUUCUGACGUUGAGCACGUGAGUGAACCGUGCAAGAAGGUCACAAGGUGCUCGGUUCUUGAUCUUCGUACCGUGAAACCAGCCACCGUGCAGAGUGACAGUAUUUGUGGAAACAGGACAGCUACUGAUGGCGGUGACAAUGGUGGCAUCCCUCCUCUUCCGACUAUUAAAGCUAAAGACGAGGUGGUGACGAUCAAGUCACCAGAAAACGAUAAUGAGACUGGUGGCUCCAGCGAUCUUUCUGUAGAUCCUGGAUUAGGAACUGUACCCAUAUUACAGGAGACCAAUGAGAGUGAUGACAGCACGAAACAUCAUCAAGUUACUCAAAGUUUAGUUGGUUGGGUCGGCGGGACAUAGACUCUUGCAGUCAUAGCUGUUAUCGUUGCUGUUUUUAAAUGGAGAGGAAUUAGAACAGCCAUGCAACUUAAAUUGCGGGCUGGAAAAGCCAUUGAGAGACUUGAUAAUCGGUAUGAAGACCGAGCAAACCAGACUGCAGAUUUGGAAAUAUUCAUUGCUGCGUUGGAAGAAAACUCAGCAUCCUAUCCAAAGCUUGGGAAGGUCUUGCUGAAUGAAAAUCAAAUGAGAGAGAUUGAGGCCCAGGGAAAAGAAAGGCUCCACUCCUUCAAUGACAUGAUUCACAAUAUUCUGGAUGAAUGGAGGCAGAGCGAGGGAGAGGAACUGUCCUCCUUAAUGCCAAACCUGUACGAGGCCUUGAAGAAAGCUAAAAUGUAUGAGACGAUAUGCACAAUCGACCAGAAAGUCACAACAGGUUCUAACCAGAGUACUGAUUCUACUGUGCCCCUGAUGCCGCCAGAAGCUGGACAACACAAUUCAAAUUCUACUGAAUGAGCCGAGACCAAGUUCUCAUACGGUAUGAGCUAGGGGAAAGACAUGGACCAUUGCUUCAUGUGGUGAUCCACCGACUGACACGGGAAUGAAUUACGCAACAUGAUGUCAUGAAGGUUAAGGAAACCCUGUUGGGGACUCUGGCGGAACUAAUGCUGAAUGCAAUGAGGUGGAUCACCCCCUAAGCACAUCUUAAACGGUGGUGCCAAGUUGUAAGUCGUCUCUGUCAACGUGCUGUCUCUGUCAUCACUGAGGAAGAAAUCAUCUUCAGAGCCAUCCUCUCAUCGCCAAACUACAUGUACAUACCUUCC